UGCUGAGUAAUUUCAAGUCUCUCUUAACUAUAAUCUCGUUGUGUUAGGUUUAGGGCUGUGCUCUGUUGUGUUCAUUUUGAUUUUCUUACAUUCUGUAUUGUUUAAUUGUUUGGUUAUAACUAGAGGCCUUCUAAUGGGUUGAAAUCAGCAAAUUGUGAGGUUUAGUCAAUUGAUUGGUGUUCGUUGUUUUGAAAUCGUAUCCUUAAUUUUUGAAGAGAAUGAUCAGUAGUACCAUCAUUGAAUGAUUGGGAAUAUUGCCUCGCUUUAUUUUGAGGAGUUUAUAUGAAAUAUUUAAUUCGUUACUCUUGUUUUUUUAGGUGAUAACACAAAAGACUACUCAUGGUGGACUUUCUGUAUGUUUCAAUUAAACCUACUUCUCAGUGCAUCCAUGAAUUGUGUAAUUAGUGUAAAUUCCCUGCUUCAUAGUGACACUGUCGUGUUGUGAUUUAUUUGAGUUUGGAUAGUGUAUAAAAGAACACUUCUGGUUAUUGUGAUUUCCCUGGGGUGAAAAACUAGAUUUUAAUAAUAUUGGUUUUUAAAAUGGGUCAUAUAGUACAAGGUAUUCAUCCAUUUCAGGACGAUCACUUAAACUUUCUCAUUCGAGAUCUGACUGUAUGCAUCUUAUCCUUCAAUAAUGUGAGGCGACGUGGGUAGCAACUAGUGGCGUCUAUUCUUCGAGGAAAGCUCUCAGCAGGUGCCUCAAAGCGGCCAAAAUGGGGAUGCUGUCAAAGCAUAGCAAUAAAUUAUUUUUGGGUUGUGCCCGCUUGUUACUUGGCGGCCGCUUGGCAGUGCCUCAUUGGCCCCGUCUUUAUACACAAUUUUUUUGGAAUUCCCACUGCGAUGCUGCAGUCGUAUGUCACAGGGGUCUGACACGUGUUGGUGAAUUUCCGGAUUCAUGCAAACUGGGUCUCGGCACUAAUUCGGGACCCGGAAAGAUCCUGAAAUUGCGCGGGUACGUUUCCUUUUUUCCCAAUUGGUGGGCAAGGUCGGGCCGGGCUAGGUUCAGGUUGGCACGGCUGGACCUGGACUUCGCGAUGCGGUGGUCUCAUCUCAUGGUGUGGGUCCGUGAGUUUUACCGGGCCAGGUACUCAUGCCCGAACAGAGACACUGGUACGCAAUUCCUAGAAGUCUGCAGUCGACUGUUAAAAGUCGGCCACCCCUCACUGCGUGCGAUUCUGGGUUGACUAGCCGAAGCUGUGAUGUGUGGCAAUCGCUUGCGGUGCAUGAGCGCAUUCGAGCUUUUGAGGGGAUUGGAGAAUGAGAUGAAGCGGGUAAAUUGGUUCAGGUGCUGGUGGGUUUCACAGACUGGCUGUGAAGGCGGAGUGCGCAUUUGGCGUGCACAGCUCCAUCCCUUUUUUUUGUCUGAUUUCGAAGACCAAUUUGCUUCGGUGGAGGCUCAUUUUUCAUUUCCAUACUUUGAAGUCCAUGUGUCCACUAGAAGUUGCUUAUUUGUGUCCGGCACAUCAAACGUUGACGUAUGCAUUCUUUAAUGCAUACGUCAUAUUGUGUGUACAACACUUGGUUGCAAGAGGUUCAAAAUUUAUUUUUAAAUAUAAUUGGUAUGAUUUUUUUUGUAAUAGCAAUUAUUUAAUGUUUAUACGUGCAUAUACAUGUUAAUUUAAACUUGUAUUAU